CCCGGUGUUUCAGGUCAGGAUUACGCGUGAAUGUAAAAUACUCAUGACGGAGAGCGAUGGCGACGGCAUGACACGGCCAUUUCCAAUUCCAUCCUCUCGUCCAUGGACUUUACGUGGACCAUGCAAUCCAUCACGAACCGAAUCCUGCGCAGCGCCGUCGAGACCUUCAUGUUAAACGGAUCGCGUCGGCGACUCGGGUACGUUGAUUCGGUCGUAGCUGCCGGGGGAUUUCGCUGGUCGUACCUCGAGAAGAAUGAAGCGCCUAACGAAGGUGACUCCACCACCAAGCCUGUCGUCGUAUUUGUCCAUGGGUUCUCGUCGGAGAAAGAUUCGUGGUUGAACGUCGCGAAAUACGUCUCGCCCUCUACACGCGUGCUCAUUCCAGACCUGCCUGGCCAUGGCAUGACGUCGCCCAUGCUCGCGACAGGGAAUUAUCGAGCGGCCGAGCAAGUUCGCAACUUGAAAUCGUUCUUGGACGCCACAGUCGGCCCCAACACCCCUGUCCACCUCGUCGGCUGCUCCAUGGGCGGGCUCAUCUCCGGGGUGUUUGCCGCCACGUACCCCGACCAGCUCCACAGCUUGACAUUGAUAUGUCCCGCAGGCGUGUCGAUGCCACGGAAGAGUCCCGUCCUCAAGCUGUACGAGGACGAAGGCAAGAACGUGAUGCGAGCAGGGACCGUCGACGAAAUCAUGGACAUGUUUCAGUACAUUGCGUACCGCCCGCCGGGCGCGGUUGUGGAAGCUCCGACGGGAAUGCGCCGGAUCGUGAUGAGCAUCUUCGCCAACUACCGGGUACGCAGACCCAACUGGUCAAUCGUUUCCACAUAAAGAUGGAUGAUGUGGCGUAGGCGGAACGAAUGCCUGUGAUUGAAAAGAUUCUGAAAGAUAUGAUGGAGGACCAAACAGCGCUGGAGCAAAAUUUGCAUCGAAUUCAAGCCAAGACGGUAGUUCUUUGGGGAGAAAACGACCAAAUCCUGGACGUGUCGUGUCUUGAGCGGAUGGAAAAACUAAAUGCAGAGAAGGUUGUGAUUCCACAGUGCGGCCACAUCGUGCAGCACUCAUACCCGCAGGUGUGCGCAGCUUACAUCAACCAAUUCAUUCAAGAGUCGGCAGCCAACACCGUGAACAACCUCUCGGUGAAUAUCUCAUUCGCGUAAUUUAGUCCAGCAUUCUUUCAUUU